AUGACCGAGUAUGUUCCUAGCGGAGUAAUUGAAAAGGCUUCACUCUACGACAUGAUCUAUGCGGCAUGCCCGAAAUGCUUCACUUCCAUGACUUCAAAGUUGACCAGUAACGAUGGGAGAGUAGGUAUUGAACCGUUACGACUGCAAUGCUCAUCCUGUAGCACUAUUAGUCACUUUGAUGAGUUGCAAUUCAAGUAUCGACUAAAGCUCCAACUUGUAUAUGGAUCAACCGUAGCCGAUGCAAUGCUUUUUGAUGAAGUUGCACAGUCGUUGCUUGGGAUCCCAGCAUUGAAAAUGAAGAAAGAGAUACUUCCUAUGUACCCUCACAUACCUCAAAUACUAGAAGAACUACUAGUCGGAUUACGUGUGUCCUUUUACUUUCAACGGCCAGCACCUAAGCGGAAUGCGAAGGAAGUGCAAUUCGUGCGUGACCUCAAAAUUAUCAAAAUUGAGCCUUUGAUUCCUCAACUGUUACCAACUUCGAUCGUCGACUUUGCCAUUUUUGAUCUACUGCAACAGCGUUUUAAUGAUAAAGAUUCAUGUUAA